CCUCCUCUAAAGUCCUACGUUCCUACUAUAUACACUUCCCUAUAGGGGCGGAGGGAAGACCCUCCGCCUUAGCACCGUAGCGCACGUGAUCAUAAUCUGCACGUGAUGCUGCUCGUGACACCCUUUUUCUAGAGAAUGACUACAGCACAGGCACAUUCUAGUGAAUCGCAGCUGUCCGUCGUAACUCGGACCUGUAUACGAGUUACGAGUUACGAGCUACUCCGUACCGGUCCCUCCACCGCCCUGCUCUAACAAGUUUGCCGCCCCAGCCCAGGCUUCGUCCCCUACUAUUCACUACUAUAACUUAGCUUCGGAGCACAAGGCUUAUCUGCAAUUGGGUCAGCAGCUAAUCUCGCCCCCCGUCCCACUCCCAUGCCCUGGCCACAGGUUCUGGAUGGUCCUGAGCCCUGCAAGUGAUGGUGUUUGAAGAUCUUGGAGAUCGAUCGACCACAACAGAGUCUCAUUCCUCCUCCCCUAUGGACCAGGACCACGGCCAGGCGUCCUCCGCGCCGGUAUCACGACCCCAAGCCUUCCGCCGGCCCCAUCACAAGUCCCGUCUAGGUUGCCAGUCCUGCAAGGCUAGAAAAAUUAAGGAAAGACGGCCCUGUUUCCCCUCAAUCCACAUAACUCGUAUACCCCCUUGCACUCCUCAAACCCCAUUUCCAGAGCCCCAGGUCUGUCGGAGUCACGUACAUUUUUAUAUUGAGUUUGUGAUCACGUGGUGAUGCACGUGUUACCGUUCGAGUCUACGACGUCGUCGUUAUCACUGAACUUCCUAGCUAACAUCCUCGUUUUUAGUGUGACGAAAAUAAACCAAGCUGUAACAAAUGCACCAGGUACAAUACGCCAUGUUCAUUCGUACGACUUCAGCCGUCCAAGCCGGCCCUGGAGGUCCAGGCCAACUCGUACCCGCAGCUCGCUCAACGCCUCGAGCCUAAUAAUGGCACUUCCCAUACAACACCCUAUCCUUCUCCAUCAGUCUCUCAAGGCCCUUCGAACUUCUCUCUCCUUUCCGGUGCCCCCGUGUUCUUCACAUUAAUGGACCUCGAGCUUCUCCACCACUACACAAUCUCAACCUGCUUCACCAUCUCCGAUCUUCGCUGCUGGCAAACGGCCGUCCCCGCCAUCGCAGUCGAUUAUCCCUUUCUCAUGCACGGCAUCCUCGCCACAUCCGCACGCCACCUCGCCUACCUACGCCCCAGCCAGCGCGACCGCUAUAUCGCCGCCUCUGACAAGCACCACCAUCUAGGACUGACCGGCUACCGCGAAGCCCUGACCGAGAUCACGCCAGCAAACUGCCACGCCUGCGCCGCCUACACGCUCAUGCUCAACGUAUACGCGUGGACCUCCUUCCACGGCUCCGACAGCUUCUUCCUGCCCGACCUUGACAGUGACUCCUCGCCGAACAAAGUCGAGCUCAUCACCAUCCUCCGCGGCGGCAACGCUGUCAUGUCUGUCGCGCGGCACUGGGUCCUCGUGGGCCCACUCUCGGCCGUCUAUGUCCCCUGGGUCAACUGGGACAAGGAUCCCAACAUCAGCCGCCUACCGAGCGUGCAAUCCCUCCUCUCCCGUCCAGAAGACUCCUCCCCCAUCCUCCCCCACGAAGAUGACGCACGCCUCGAGCGCCUCGCCGCCCUCUGGGCUCCGUCAUCCGCUGAUCUCCCUUCCCCGCCCGCCUCACACGGAGGCGCACCGUCGGGCCCCGCACCCCUGACGCCAGAAGCGCGGCAGGUGCUAUUCGAGGUACUAUUCUUGCUACGUCGCAUCUUCGUCAUCAGCGUGGCGGAUAAUGGCAUUGAGGCGCAGGCCGCGACGCUGUCGUGGUCGAUUAUCGUGUCUGACGCGUAUAUCGCGGCGGUGCAACAGCGUAGCCCUGCGGCGCUGGUGCUGCUGGCGCAUUACUGUAUUUUGCUGAAGCGGUCGGGUGAGAGGUGGUGGAUUGAGGGGAAGUCGGAGGAGCUGCUGGGGAAGAUUAAGCGUAUUUUAGAGGCGAGUGGGGAGGGGUGGAUGCAGUGGAUUGAGUGGCCGAUGAGGGAGGUUGGGGAGGGAAGGGUGAAGGGGAGUGUGUCGAGACAGCGGUCGACGGUGGCUGGGACGCCGAUUUAGAGGAUAGGGAUGGGGUAGGUGUUGAUUUGUUGCUGGUUGCUCGGCAGCUGGUCGCUCGUCUGUUCUUUCGUGUCUUUACUUGAUGGGUAUGGGCUGGCGUUUUUAUCAAAAUAUGGCACGGGUUAUGGUGCCUUGCAUUUGCAUUUGCAUCUAUAAAGAGGAGAUUAAAUCUCUAAAUACGAUUGCAGCUUCUAGAACCGCCU